GCAACUCUCAAAAUACGCAAGCUCCAAACUAAAACGUCGAUAAACGUCGAAAUACCAUACCCACAGUCCCGGGAAACACAGAAGGAGGAUCGAAAACCCAUUUUUUGCCCCAUCAAUACAUACAGGAAAAUUGGAAAAAUUAAUUCUCGACACCACCUCAGGAAGAAAAAGACGAAAAUUAAACACCUGAAUAAUAGCCAGUGUAGUGUGCAGUUUGGCAUUUUUCAAGUGAAGAGGAAGAUCCUGGAGCAUAAGUAGAUUCGGGCACAGUGGUGAAAGGCGACACAGAUGCUCCUGUUGCUUCUGAUCAGUCUUCACUCUGGUAUUGCACUGGGAUUUCGGGGCCCGCAUCAUCCACAAAGUAGCGUUUCGCAUCAUCAUUACGCGCCUCAAAAGGACAUUAAACUCACGCAGGAUGCUCAACUACUUCAUGACACCUCUCACUUGAAAGAAGAUAUGGGUCCGCUGGCGGAUCAAUUAGAUUUAUCUAACUUAUCUGAUCAGGAAUUGGAAUUUUACUAUUUCAAACUCCACGACAUUGACAAUAAUACAAAGCUCGAUGGUCUAGAAAUUCUCCAUGCCAUCCAGCACACUUUUCAUGAAGAUGAGAAUGAAGGAGAGAAGAAGGAAUUAAGUGAUUACCCACCCAAAGAGGAGGAUAGUGAAUUGCCUUGGAUUAUAGAACUUAUAGACAGGGUUCUCGAGGAGGAUGACUUGGACAACGAUGGUUACUUAGGAUAUAUCGAAUAUAUGCUUGGUCGACAACGUGACCAGGGCGAAAACAGGGCCUUAAAGGAUAAAAUUUUAAAUAUUUAA